UUUAUGCAGGGAGACUUUUACUGAACAUGUGACCGUCAACAAAUGUGUUUUUCUAUCAGAAAAAGCCUGGAGUCUCCUGGACCAGGACCCAGCUGUGUGUCCUUCAAGAGUGACUGGUCAAAGGAUGAGAUUAUUGAUUUUAAAGGAGGGCGACCCUCCGCUGCUGAGAGAGUGGACCAGGAGAGCUCAGAGGGUCUCAGUGGGUCCCGGUCCUCCCAGCAGCAUCAAAUCCACCUGGACUCCAUCUUUACGCUGCUGGAGGACGACAUCGUCACUUUUGUGAAGAACGAGCUGAAGAAGAUCCAGAAGCUUCUGAGUCCAGAUUACCCAGAAUGCCCAGAGAGUCAGAGGGAGGGUGAGGAUGAAGAGCAGAGGAGGACCAGAGAGGCGUUUCUGAAGAUCACACUGCACUUCCUGAGGAGAAUGAAGCAGGACGAGCUGGCUGACCGUCUGCAGAGCAGAAGUCCAGCUGGAGUCUGUCGACGUAAACUCAAAUCUAAGCUGGACAGGAAGUUCCAGCGUGUGUUUGAGGGGAUUGCUAAAGCAGGAAACCAAACGGUUCUGGAUCAGAUGUUCACAGAGAUCUACCUCAUGGAGGGAGGGGCUGCAGGGGUCAAUGAGGAACAUGAGGUCAGACAGAUUGAAACAGCAUCCAGGAAACCAGACAGACCAGAAACAACCAUCAGACAAGAAGACAUCUUUAAAACCCCACCUGGAAGAGAUGAACCAAUCAGAGCAGUGAUGACAAAGGGAGUGGCUGGCAUCGGGAAAACAGUCUUAACACAGAAGUUCACUCUGGACUGGGCUGAAGGCAAAGCCAACCAGGACAUCCAGUUCACAUUCCCAUUCACCUUCAGAGAGCUGAAUGUGCUGAAAGAGAGAAAGUUCAGCUUGGUGGAACUUGUUGAUUACUUCUUUAGUGAAACCAAAGAAGCAGGAAUCUGCAGGUUUGAAGAGUUCCCGGUGGUCUUCAUCUUAGACGGUCUGGAUGAGUGUCGACUUCCUCUGGACUUCCUCAACACUGAGAUCCUGACUGACGUUACAAAGUCCACCUCGGUGGGUGUGCUGCUGACAAACCUCAUCAGGGGGGAUCUGGUUCCCUCUGCUCGCCUCUGGAUAACCACCCGACCUGCAGCAGCCAAUCAGAUCCCUCCUUGGUGUGUUGACAUGGUGACAGAGGUCAGAGGGUUCACUGACGUCCAGAAGGAGGAGUACUUCAGGAAGAGAUUCAGAGAUGAGGAGCAGGCCAGCAGAAUCAUCUCCCACAUCAAGAGAUCACGAAGCCUCCACAUCAUGUGCCACAUCCCAGUCUUCUGCUGGAUCACUGCUACAGUUCUGGAGGACGUGUUGAAGACCAGAGAGGGAGGAGAGCUGCCCAAGACCAUGACUGAUAUGUACAUACACUUCCUGGUGGUUCAGUCCAAAGUGAAGAACAUCAAGUAUGAUGGAGGAGCUGAGACAGACCCACACUGGAGUCCAGAGAGCAAGAAGAUGAUCGAGUCUCUGGGAAAACUGGCUUUUGAGCAGCUGCAGAAAGGCAACCUGAUCUUCUAUGAAUCAGACCUGACAGAGUUUGGCAUCGAUAUCAGAGCAGCCUCAGUGGUCUCAGGAGUGUUCACACAGAUCUUUAAAGAGGAGAGAGGACUGUACGAGGACAAGGUGUUCUGCUUCGUCCAUCUGAGUGUUCAGGAGUUUAUGGCUGCUCUUCAUGUCCAUCUGACCUUCACCAACUCUGGAGUCAACCUGCUGGCAGAAGAACAAACAUCAUCAACACAGUUCUACCAGAGUGCUGUGGACAAGGCCUUACAGAGUCCUAAUGGACACCUGGACUUGUUCCUCCGCUUCCUCCUGGGUCUUUCUCUGCAGACCAAUCAGAGUCUCCUACAAGGUCUGGUGAUGCAGACAGGAAGUAGUUCAGAGACCAAUCAGGAAACAGUGGAGUACAUCAAGAAGAAGAUGGAUGAGGAUCUGUCUGCAGAGAGAAGCAUCAACCUGUUCCACUGUCUGAAUGAACUGAAUGAUGGUUCUCUAGUGGAGCAGAUCCAACAGUCCCUGAGUUCAGGAAGUCUGUCCACAGAGGAACUGUCUCCUGCUCAGUGGUCAGCUCUGGUCUUCAUCUUACUGUCAUCAGAAGACGAUCUGGACGUGUUUGACCUUAAGAAAUACUCUGCUUCAGAGGAGGCUUUUCUGAGGCUGCUGCCAGUGGUCAAAGCCUCCAAAAAAGCUCUGCUGAGUGGCUGUAACCUGUCAGAGAGAAGCUGUGAAGCUCUGUCCUCAGUCCUCAGCUCCCAGUCCUCUAGUCUGAGAGAGCUGGACCUGAGUAACAACAACCUGCAGGAUUCAGGAGGGAAGUUGAUCUCUGAUGGACUGAAGAGUUCACACUGCACACUAGAGACUCUCAGGUCAGGAUACACAACAAUAAUCUUUUAAAACACAGUAUUGAAAAAUACUUAGGAAACAU